AUGGCUGGCCCGCCGUCUGCCGGUGACGAAGCCUCGUUCAAGUCGUCGUACUCGUCAUCGUCCUCACUCGAGGACGGGCUGGCAGCGAGCUCGAUGCCGGCGCGGGUGGCGUCGCCGGUAAUUCCGAGCGGGAUGAAGCCCAAGACGCCAAACCGCCCGUUUCUGGUCAAGCGCAAGAACUCGUCGUUCAUCGCGCGCAUGGGCGCAGCUUCUCUCAUCGACCGCAAGCUCUCGAUCGAGAUCAAGCGGGUCAUCCUGCCGUCGACGUCGGCGGCCGCCGGCUCGUCCAAGGCCUCCAAGGGCAUGGUCUACUGCUCGGUCUCGGGCGGCGGGUUGUACGCGCGGACCGACACCAAAAAGCUGCACACCUUUACCAAAACCGGCUCGGCAAGCAAGCUGAUGGCGUCGGGCCACUCGACGCCGCGCAACAGCGCGAUAGUCUCGGAACCAGUAUCGCCGCCGUCGCCAAUGACGUCCAGCAUUCCGGUGACGCCACGCAGGAUCAUGCCGUCGGACCCGACCGCCGAGCCGUCGGUCGAAGUCACGUCGGCGCUGCUCACGCCGACACGCCGAGACUCGGACGCGCCGUCGCCGGUCAUGCGCAACAAGUCAGACGACCUCCUCACCGCGAUCAUCGAGUCGGACGGCUCGCGGCGCUCGUCACUGGCGUCUAGCACGCGAACCGGGCUCUACGCCUCGUUUGCCGGCAAGACUUUUGCGCUCUCACCGGGACGACCCAACUUUGAGGUUUUUCUCAUCACGCUUGCUCAGGAGCGCAAGAAGAAGGACCGCGUGCUUGGAUACGUCGAGCUCCCGCUCCGCGACAUGAAUUCGGGUGUGGUUGUCCAGUCCGAGUACAAUCUGCAGCCCAAGACGACGUCGUCCAAGCACCACGUCUCGGGCGAGGUCCACGUCAAGCUCCUCUACGCCAAGUCACACCCGGGCAAGCCCGACGCGCUGCACCUACAGGUGCUGGAGGCGUCGAACCUCGCGCCGCGAGAGGGCUCGGCCGCCAAUCCGUGUGUCUCGAUCUGCAUCGGCGACACCGUCCACAAGACCAAGGUGGUCAAGGGAACAACCCACCCGCAGUUCAACGAGCGGUUUGUGGUGCCGGUCGACGAAGACAAGGUUGCCUCGUUCACCGUGCUCGUCAACCAUGUGGUGAGGCGGAACAAGGAUGCUUUCCUAGGCCAGGUCGUCUUUCCUCUCUCCGACUUGCAGCCAAACGUGGUCCAGGACUGCUGGCUCAAGCUCAACCCGCGGGUCUACGACGAGGUCUCGUACUCGGGCUACCCUGCACUGCCCGGAGCCUUUGGCCGGGUCAAGGUCAAGUUUAUGUACACCGAAGACAUCACGCUCCCGCUCCUCGAGUACAAGCCGCUCUGCGAGCUGCUGUUUGGUGGACCUGGAUGCGACGACCAUGCCGCCGUCCGCCUCCUCUGCUCGCUUACCAUCUCGUCCAAGUCCAUGGCCACCGCUCUUGUCGACGUCGGCCUCGCCCUCUUCCGAACCCACCCGCAGACCGGCAAGGCCGACGGCCGGCUCAUCGACAUGCUCGACGUCCUGCUCUCGAUCGACGUUGCCUCGGUCCGGGCCCACUCCUCAACCAUUUUCCGCGCCAACACCAUCUCCUCGCUCGCUGUUUCACACCUUCUCCGCCGCGCCGGCGGCCCCUCCUUGCCGACAUCUACGGCUCGCUCUUUGAGCGGCUCGCUACUCUCUGCCCGCCCUCGGCCGACUGCCCUCGCCCUCCUCACCACCGCCAUCAACGACCUGCUUGGCGUCAUCUUUGCCUCGAUCAACUCGAUGCCGCGCAUCCUCCGCGAGCUCUUUGCCCGGGUCUACCGCAUCGUACUCGACCGCCCAGCGGCGGCGGGGCCAGCCGCCGGGAGCACCGCUGCACAUCCCGCCACAGACACCGAAACCUCGCUGUCGUCAUCGUCGUCGUCAGGCUACUCGUACUCGGACUCGUACUCGUACUCGGACACCGAGUCGGCAUCGGCGUCGGCAUCGGCGUCGAGUGCACAGGCCGGCGGCAGCCCGGUCGGCGCGCGGGCCGCAGGCCGUGCCUCGGCCCGCGACGCUCUCGCCCUCCAGGCCGUCUCGGCCUUUGUCAUUCUCCGCUUCUUUGCGCCGGCCCUUCUCACGCCAAAGGUCUACGGCAUCGACGCCGAGGUGCCGAUGAACAAGCCGCUGUACCGAACGCUCGCGCGCGCCCUGCAAAAGAUCGGCAACAUGCUACUGUUUGACGGGCGGAAGAACCCGAUGCUGGUGGUCAUCAAUCCGGUCCUUGCCUCGCACUUUGCAAGCAUGACCCAGUUUCUUCGCGCCGUCUCAGAGCCGGCCGCCAACUGCAUCGACCCGGCCACGCGCCCGCCGCUCGACGCCUGUCUCGAGUCCCUCUCGUCAGCCCGCAAGUCGCACAUUCUCAACAUGCGGACCAACCUCGCGUUUAUCCUCGGGCGACUGCUCGAUGCUCGCGCCGACGGCACCGGUGUCGACUCUCCGGCCAUGAACGAGGUGCUUGACUCGCUCUCGUCGACGCUCGCGCGCAUCUCGUCCAUGUCGUCGUCGCAGCACAUGACGUCGAAGGAGUUCAAGGCCGCCAACCGCAAGCUCGCCACCAUCGGCAACCUUGCCGUCGACCUCAAGUCGUCGUUUGCGGGCGGCUCAGACACCUCAUCUAUGGUCCUCGAGUUCCGCAUGCGGAAGCGCAUCACCUCGGGGAACCAGUUUACCCUUCACACCAAGGGCAAGACUAAGCCGGUCUUUGUCGCCUGCGUCAUCGCUGACAAUGUCUUUACUCUUGUGUACAAGACUCGCAUCUCAUCGUCGGACAACCUUGUCUCGCUUGGCGCCACCUCGGCCCCGCCGCCGCUCUCUCGCUCGUCGUCCGGCGGCGCCAUCGACAUGACCCAGAUCAUUGACGUUGUUAAGGGCCAGGUGACAGAGACCUUCUCCAAGUCGGGCAAGCUCGAGCAGCAGCACCGCUCGUUCUCUGUUCUCACCGCAGAUGGCGACUCGCUCGACCUCGACGCCGCAACAGAGAAAGAGCGCAACGACUGGGUCGCCGCCCUCCGCCACUACGUCAAGAAAGCCCGCCUCGCUGCCAAGAACUCGGGCGCAGACUUGCCGUCCGGCCCGCACCGUGGUCCGUUCUCGUCCAAGAGCGAGACGAGCAAGUCGAAGAACAAGGACAAGGACAAGGACAAGACCAAGGGGAAAGCCAAGAAGGCCAAGGCCAAGGCCAAGAACAAGGACAAGGCCAAGGGCAAGGCCAAGGCCAAGGACAAGGACAAGGCCAAGGACAAGGCCAAGGACAAGGACAAGGACAAAGCCAAAGCAAAGGCCAAGAAAGCAAAGGCCAAGACCAAGGCGAAAGCCAAGAAAGCCAAGGUCACCGCUGCCGAUGCCACUGCUGGCGUUGGUAAGACCGCUGGAAAGUAAAGUGCCCAGAAUGCUG